AGCUUCCACUCCACACAGCAAAGCCAGCUAGGGCUUGAGAUCUCAUAUAUCAUGGCUACCUCCAUGGUGAAGCUUAUGCUUUUCUCUGCUCUCAUACUCUUGUCCUUGCAAGCAGUUGUGUCUGUAACACCACUGCAUUUUCAACAUCCACUAGACCCUUUAACCAAACAAGAGAUAAGUCUUGUCCAAACCAUAGUCCAAAACAAGUACCCAAGCUCAAGUAACAGGUUGAGCUUCCACUACAUUGGACUCGACGAACCUGAAAAGGAUGCCAUCCUCAAAUGGGAAUCCAUCAAACCAACUGUUAUAACUGUCCCUCGCAAAGCCUUGGCCAUUGUUAUAAUCAACAGCCAAACCCACGAGAUCUUAAUUGAUCUAAAGGCAAGGCGCAUUGUCUCCGACAAUAUUCACUCCGGGAAUGGCUUCCCUACCCUUUCCGUUGAUGAACAAGUCGUUGCCAUAGAGCUGCCACUGAAAUACGGUCCAUUCAUUGAGUCAGUGAACAAGAGAGGGCUGAACCUCUCUGAGGUGGUGUGUUCCACAUUCACAAUGGGGUGGUUUGGAGAAACCAAGGACAGAAGGACAGUGAGAGUGGAAUGCUUCAUGAAAGAAAGCAGCCCCAAUAUCUGGGUGAGGCCUAUCAGUGGACUCACAAUGGUGGUUGACCUUGAACUCAUGAAGAUCGUUCAGUAUCACGACGGUGGCAUUAUACCAGUACCAACUGCCGACAACACUGAAUACCGCUUUUCACAUCAGAACCCACCAUUCGGUCCAAGACAACAUAGUCUAGCAACCCAUCAACCACAGGGUCCAGGCUUCCAAAUCAACGGACACAGUAUUAGUUGGGCCAACUGGAAGUUCCAUAUUGGAUUUGAUCCACGUGCCGGAAUUGUAAUAUCACUGGCAUCCAUUUAUGAUUUGGAGAAGCACAAAUCUCGUAGAGUGUUAUACAAAGGUUACAUUUCUGAGCUGUUUGUGCCAUACCAAGACCCAACAGAUGAUUUUUACUAUAAGACUUUCUUUGAUGCUGGAGAGUUUGGGUUUGGUCUCUCCACGGUCUCAUUGGUGCCCAACCGUGAUUGCCCAUCGAAUGCUCAGUUCCUAGAUACAUAUGUUCACGCUGCUGAUGGUACUCCGUUACUCAUCAAGAACGCAAUCUGUGUCUUUGAACAAUAUGGCAGCAUCAUGUGGCGUCACACCGAAACAGGCAUUCCCAAUGAAUCGUUCGAAGAAACGAGAACGGAAGUCAACUUAGUGGUAAGAACUGUUGUUACCGUGGGCAACUACGAUAACAUCAUUGAUUGGGAGUUUAAAACAAGUGGCUCAAUCAAACCCUCGAUUGCUCUCUCGGGUAUAUUGGAAAUUAAGGGAGUGGAUAUUAAGCACAAGAGUGAGAUCAAGAGCGAUCAACAUGGUAUCUUGGUGUCGGCAAACAGCAUUGGUGUUUACCACGACCACUUCUACAUUUACCAUCUUGACCUUGACAUUGAUGGUGUUGCCAACUCUUUUGAGAAGACAAGUUUGAAGACUGUAAGAGUGACAGAUGGAAGUUCGAAGAGGAAAAGCUAUUGGACAACUGAGGUUGAAACUGCCAAGACUGAAAAUGAUGCAAAGAUAAUACUUGGGUUGAGCCCUGGUGAGCUUUCAGUGGUGAAUCCUAACAAGAAAACCUCUGUUGGAAAUGAUGUGGGAUACCGUUUGAUUCCAGCAAUCCCAGCUCAUCCUCUUCUCACAGAUGACGAUUAUCCACAAAUACGUGGCGCUUUUACCAAUUUCAAUGUGUGGGUCACUCCAUACAAUAGGACUGAGAAGUGGGCUGGUGGACUCUACGUUGAUCACAGCCAUGGAGAUGAUACUUUAGCCGUUUGGACCAAAAAGAAUAGAGACAUUAACAACAAGGACAUUGUGCUGUGGCACGUUGUGGGAAUUCAUCAUGUUCCAGCACAGGAAGACUUCCCCAUAAUGCCAUUAUUGAGCACUGCAUUCGAGCUCAGGCCAACCAAUUUCUUCGAGAGGAAUCCGGUUCUUAAAACACUUUCUCCCCCGGAUGUCCAAUGGCCUGGUUGCCCCAAGUAAAACUAGCUAGCCAGCCAUUUCCAUUAUAUUAGUGUGCUUCGAGUGCUACAACUAGAUGUGUUCCUUGGAUAAUGUGAAAUGCGAUCUGCUUAUUGCAUGUGCAAGAAUAAUGAUUUGAUAUGUAUUGCUUAUUAUUAUAUCAAUGAGAAGUUUACUUGAACUUGACACCGA